CUUUGUUUAAGAUAAUUCAUGGCUUAGGCGGUUCCAAAUAACAUUAUCUCCAACAUGAUAAGCCUACCUUUCUAAUUACUUUAAACAGAUAUUGUAAAGGGGAGAUUCAAAGACGGUGAUUCUGCACCAUCAGACAUCAAUCAGUAUUUACAUUGCUGCAAUGAUCAGCAAUCAUCAUGACCAAAACACGAUGCAAAGUCACUUAAAAUAACGAGACUUCACCAGAUUUUUAGGGAUUCUUGGUUAACUACAAAGCUUCUAGCGUUGACCAGAAAGAGAAAACAAAACUACUCUUAUUUUCUUCCAUCAUGAGUUUCUCAGGUACGUAAUGAUGAUUACGUGUCAUUCUUUUGGAACACUUAAUGAAUCUAUCACUAGUUCAAGGAAUCUACUUUGUGCUUCUUUUCGCAACAGCUCUGGUGCUGUAGUAUUGCUUUUCGAUUUUUCUUUUCUUUUCUGUCAAUUUGACCAGGAUCACAGGCUUGCAAAUGAAAAUUUUAUGUGGAAGGGAUUGACUUUGAGGAUGAUCAACAUUAUAAUUAUCAUAAAUUUCAUUUGGGUUUGACUUAUUCCACGAACUACAGAUUCCUAUAUAUACAAAGAUGUGGUGAACUAAACAAUCAGUAUUUGAGUUUCAAAAAAAUACAUAGAUACGAGUUCAGAAUUAUCAAAUCCUUACAAUGUUCGGGGACAUUAUCUAUUUUAUUUUGUGGGGUUUGUUCCCCCUUCUAGUUUCUCUCAUUUUCUUGAGGCACAAGCAAUGCUGCAAAGACAAAAGGAAGCUGCCCCCAGGGGAAAUGGGGUUUCCACUGAUUGGGGAGACCAUGGAAUUCUUCAAUGCUCAGAGGAGAAACAAGUUAUUUGAAGAGUUUGUUCAUCCUCGUGUUGUGAAACACGGGAAGAUCUUCAGAACAAGGAUCAUGGGGUCUCCAACUGUGGUUGUGAAUGGAGCUGAGGCCAAUAAAUUCUUACUCUCCAACGAGUUCAAGUUGGUGAAAAGCUCUUGGCCUUCUUCAUCAGUUGAGCUCAUGGGAAGGGACUCCAUCAUGGAGAAAGAUGGUGAAAGGCACAGGUUCCUCCGCGGUGUCAUUGCCACAACGCUUGGUUAUGCUGGACUUGAGGUGCUGGUUCCAAGAUUAUGCAACUCUGUGCAGUUUCAUUUGGCUACAAAGUGGAAGGGCCAAGAGAAUAUCAGCAUUCACCGUUCAACAAAAGUCCUCACUUUUAGCAUAGUGUUUGAGUGUCUGUUGGGAAUCAGAGUGGAACCAGGUAUGUUAGAUACCUUUGAAAGAGUGUUGGAAGGAGUGUUUUCCCCAGCAGUUAUGUUUCCAGGUUCUAGAUUCUGGAGGGCAAAGAAGGCCAGGGUGGAGAUAGAAAAGAUGUUGGUGAAAGUGGUGAGAGAGAAGAGAAGGGAAAUGGAAGGAAGCUCAGAAAGAGAACAAGAUGGAAUGCUGCUGUCGAAAUUGGUAUCAGGUAUGAUCCAAGGAGAGAUAAGUGAAAAAGAGGUCAUAGACAAUGUGGUGUUACUAGUUUUUGCAGCUCAUGAUACCACUUCUUUUGCUGUUGCUAUGACAUUCAAGAUGCUGUCUCAGCAUCCUGAUUGCUACGGAAAAAUUCUUGAAGAACAUGUUGGCAUAAUGAGCAACAAAAACCAGGGUGAGAAUCUGACAAUGGAGGAUAUAAAGAAGAUGAAGUAUACAUGGCAAGUUGCCAGAGAAAGCAUGAGAUUGUUCCCUCCCAUCUUUGGUUCUUUCAGAAAGGCUAUCACUGAUAUCGAAUAUGAAGGAUUCGUGAUUCCUAGAGGGUGGAAGGUGCUGUGGACAACAUACGGAACACAUUACAAUGAAGAGUAUUUUAAGGAUCCAAUGAGUUUCAACCCAAGUAGGUUUGAGGAGGGAGUGCCCCAAUAUGCAUAUGUUCCCUUUGGGGGAGGACCAAGAGUUUGUGCAGGGUACCAAUUAGCCAAGUUAAACAUCCUCAUAUUUGUGCACUAUGUUGUGACCCAAUAUGAGUGGUUCUUACUCCACCCAGAUGAACCUGUGACAAUGGAUCCUUUACCUUUCCCUUCCCUCGGAAUGCCCAUCAAAAUUUCUCCAAAACAUGCAUAAAAGGAACCUCAAAAUGAAUUCCUUUUGCCAUACAAAAAUACUGUUCAACACAUUAAUAAGGCAAUAAUAUAGUUAAUGUUACUUUGUUUGUUUCUCGUCCAAUGUUGUCCUUGAACUGAGGUGUUUGCACAUGUUACUUACUUGGAUAUGGAUCAAGUUCUCGAUCCGAUUUAGAAGAAUAUUGAGCUCAGCAUAAACUAUGCACAUUACCAGAUAAACGCAAAUACAUAAUGAUAUUGAAGAUCACAAAUCGUGAAAAGAUAUUGGUGUUACCAUUGCUGCAAGUGGUAAAACACAUAAUUUGUUAUGUUAUGCUUCGUUUAAAUAAUCAAAUUCUGAAUCUCUUAGAACCUUCGAAUUA